AUGCCGCUCCUAUACCCAAAGCAGCAGCAGACCUCUGCCGAUGAGAGCCUCCACGGCCUCCACGCAGUGGCGGAGCUUGGAAGAAAAAGUUGGGCGGGCCAUCUCAAAGGAGAGCACAAAUAUCGAGCACCACAGGAGGAGGCCGGCCAUGGCGACACCGGAUCUGGCAUCUCCGGGGUCCUCUACAAGUGGGUCAACUACGGCCGCGGGUGGCGGCCCCGCUGGUUCGCGCUCAGCGACGGCGUGCUCUCCUACUACAAGAUCCACGGGCCCGACCGCAUCGACCUCUCCCGCGACACCGACCGCGGCGCCAAGGUCAUCGGCGAGGACUCGCUCCGCCGCCUCGCGCGCCCCUCCUCCGCCUCCGCCCCCCACUCCAACGGCCACGGCCACCACCAGACGCCCCGCAAGCCCCUCGGCGAAAUCCACCUCAAGGUGUCGACCGUCAGAGAGAGCAGAUCGGACGACAGGAGGUUCUCCAUCUUCUCGGGGACCAAGAGGCUGCACCUGCGGGCCGAGACGAGGGAGGACAGGGCCGCGUGGCUCGAGGCGCUCCGUGCCACCAAGGAGAUGUUCCCGAGGAUGUCCACCAGCGAGAUGGUCGGGCCGGGGGACACUGCGGCGGCCGCGGCGGUCUCCACCGAGCGCCUGAAGAAGCGCCUGCAGCAGGAAGGGGUCAGCGAUGCUGCCAUUGCUGACAGCGAGAGGAUCGUGCGGGAGGAGUUCGAGGCGCUGCACAAGCAGCUUGUGCUUCUCAAGCAGAAGCAGGCGCUACUCCUUGACACGCUCCGCCACCUAGAGAAGGAAGUGGUAGCGAGUCUGAUGAUUACAAUGAACCACAAGAUCCUGUUGAAGAGGAGACUGACGAUGAAGAGAACAUACUCAGGGGGAUAG